AUGUCACCACAAGCUCAACAGAUGUCUGUGGAUAUGAUUCAUGUCAACCAAACAAAAUUUAUUCUGGUUGGUUUUACACUUGGUCCUAGUGCACAGAACAUUGUAUUCUUACUGUUUUUUGUACUUUACUUGAUAUCUCUGAUUGGAAACUUGUCAAUUAUUACUGCUGUCUGGUUGGACAAGCGCCUCCAUACUCCCAUGUAUUUCUUCCUCAGCAGCUUGGCUUUUUUAGAUAUUUGGUUCAUAUCAUCCACAGUCCCUAAAUUGCUCAUGAUACUUGCUUACAACAGCAAAAUCAUUUCUAUAUCUGGUUGUAUCCUGCAGUUGUAUUUCUAUGUAUCAUUAGGUACUAUCGAAUUUUAUCUUUUAGCUGUGAUGUCAGUGGAUCGUUAUGUAGCAAUUUCUCAUCCAUUGAGGUAUCAUUCAAUCAUUACGAACAAGGUCUGUCUUUCGUUAGUGUUAAUAUCCUGGGUAUUUGGAUUUAUUACUUUUAUCUAUCCCACAAUGUUAAUGUUUGGUUUGUCUUUCUGUGGUCCAUAUGAGAUCAAUCAUUUCUUCUGUGAUAGUUCAGCAGUUGUAAAGAUAAGUUGCUCUGAUAUACAUCAGUUUGAUAUGGUUUUUGCCAGCUUUGCCUCAGCUGUGAUUUUGGGUUCUUUCUGUCUCACAUUAAUUUCCUAUUGUAAUAUUCUCUUUACCAUAUUAAUGAUACCCUCUAAAAGGGGAAAAAUCAAAGCUUUCUCAACUUGCGCCUCUCAUUUCACAGUGGUCUCAUUGGUUUAUGGCAGUGCCAUCUUUAUCUAUGUGCGACCAGUUGAGAGUUCCUCUCCUGACCUAAACAAAGUUGUUGCCCUUCUUAAUAGUAUCAUGACACCAGUGCUUAAUCCAUUUAUUUACACUUUGCGGAAUAGACAGGUCCAACAAGUCUUCAGGGAAAUAGGGAUGAAGUUUGUUCCUAAUAAAAGUUCCAUUCUACUAAAAUAA